AUGGCCGUGGCUGAGAACACCCGAGAGAUGGUCAUGACACGAGAUGUGCGUGUUGCAUAUGUCAAGUUCUUGCCAUAUUUGGACGUCGAAAAGCAUGAAGGCGAAACGGUUCUCACUGGCAUUAUUGGCGGUUUGACAAUGCUUAUCAUCGAAGCACUCAAUCUCAAUGCAACUUUUGUAGAGCCAGUGGACGGCGUGUUCGGGGUUGAGCUGCCCAACGGAAGCUGGUCCGGAAAAAUGGGAAUGCUCGUUAGGAACGAGGCCGACUUCACGGGAGGGCCACUCAUGCUCACCACGUCCCGUACGGAAGCUGCCCAACCGUCCUUCCCGAUAUCCUACAUCGAUGUGGUCAUCUUCGCCGGUCGUCCCUUCUACUUCACCGAGGAAGUCUUCGCUUUUCUCCGUGCCUUUACCGGUACCGUCUGGCUCGGCACGGCGCUCGCCUUCUUGGCCAUCUGGGCCGUGUACGUAGGCAUAUCCACGGUUUCGGCUGCACCGCGAUGUGCGCAACCAGGAGGCAACGGCCUUUUGCACAUCAUGAAACAUGGCAGCAUUCUGGAAUCAUUUGAUAUGCUUGCAAGCACCCUUCUGUCACAAGGUAAGCCGGCAAAUUAA